AUGCCCUCAUCGCUGCUCGAGCGCGUAAGGACCAGCGCGGAGACGGUCCGGCCCACCUUCCUCUUUUUUCGCGGCUCGACAUGGAGCCAUCGCCCCGGUGAGACCAACUACGGGGAGGGCGUGCGGCUCACGCUGCAGCGUGCGCUCUCCACCUUUCAGCUGCCGCGGCACAUCUCGGUCGAGCGCUCGCUCUCACCAUUGAAGGUUACGCCCCGCCUCAAGAAGCAGCGGGCCAUCUUCUCCGAGGACCCGGUGUCUCUCCCCCUCUACCUCGAGGAGAUGAGCCUCUCCGACUUUUGCCUCUGCCCGAUGGGCUCGACCUCGUGGACGCUGCGCAUUUCGAGCGCGGGUCAUCGGCCGCCGACGGCGGCCUUCCCGGACGAGCCGCUGCGACCAAAGGCUGGCGCGGCUGCGAUGGGUGUGGCGGCGCUGCUGGUUGCGGGCUACCUGCUGCUGGGGAAGCGGCACGUGAGCAGCAGCUGGCACACGUCGCACGUCUUCCCGCGCGUCGGCGGCGUCACGGGCACGUCGUAUCAGCGCGUGUUCCACUACCUCAACUCCGUGCUCUUCAUCUGGGGCUUCAAGCUCUCCACCCCCUUCUUCGCCUCCGUGGCGCAGCUCUCGAUCCCCGUGAUGACCUUCGUCUACACCGCGCUGGCGGGGCUGGAGGUGCCCACGUGCCUCCGCACCACAGGCGUCUGCCUGAUCGUCCUCGGCUGCCUGCUGACCGCUCUCGGCUCCGCCCACCACGAGCAUGCCCCCGCCGCCGGGGCUGCCGCCGGGGCAGCGGGCAGCGGUAGCCCGCCAGUGCCCGCGAGUCUGUGGGUCGGCGCGGGCUUCCUGCCGCUGCAGUCGGCAAGCUGCCGGAGCUGGGGCUUGACUUGGCGGAGGGGGACGGACCGAGUAGGCGUUGGCUGCCUCGCGCUGCAGACUGGCUCUUUCUCGGGGCUGCUCGUGCUGCAGAAGGCGCUGGUGCAAGCCUACCCCGUCGCGCUUGUGGUUGCGUGGGGAUACUCGGCGGGUUGCGAUGCUCGGCGUCGCGGCGAUGGCCUCCGUCGUCAUCCAAGAAGGCGACGACGCGGCGCAUGCCCCGAACGACAGAGUACUCGACAGCAGGACCACCAGCCCCAGCGACCGCGAGGACGACGGGUGAGCCGCGCCUAUCUGGGCGCUGCUGCGGGUCGUGCCGCCUGAGGAGGCGCGCGCCGGGGUGAGGCGCGGAAGGGGCGCGCGAUACAUCGAGAGAGAACUUGCCGAGAGUGCGAAGAGGUUUGAGCGAGAUAUCAACGGCUCAACGCGUGUGUAGUCUUCUGUCGUGUACUCUAAAAAAGUAUUCUUGAGGUUC